AUGCAGAUCAAACAAAGAUUCCACCUUACUGCCACUGGCCAUAAUCUCAAUUAUCUUCCUGAGUACAUUGCCCGCCGCCAUGGUUACUUCAAGGAGCAAGGACUCGAUUUUGAUCUGAAGAUACCAGUUCCCUGGGAUGGUGUUCUCGAUGACCUCGCAGAAGGCACCGCCGACAUGGCUCUCGGAGGGAUUUGGGUGCCGGCGAUGUAUCGCAACAGAGCGAAAGAUUAUACCGUAUUCGCCCAGAUCGCAAACCGCUGCCCUCUUGCUCUGCUUCGCCGAGGGCAUGAUGAAGGAUUCAAGCUAGCCGAUGUCGCCAAAAGCACUGUCCUCAUGAAGUCAGGUGGCGGAGCCAGCGUGGGUCUAUUUUUCAAGAUGUUCUUGCGGGAGAACGGCAUCGACCCAAACUCUAUCAGCUACAUUCAGGACCUGGAUGGUGCGAUGCUGGCUACUUUGUUUGAAGGCGGCAUGGGAGAUUAUUUCGUUACCGAUAAUCUUUCUGCACUGGCCAUGACAGCGAAAAAUCCUGAAAUCUCCAUCGCAAUGGAAAUGGUCAAGGAAGGCGACAUCCCUUGGAGUGUCUAUUACCGAGAAACAGCCACCGUCACUCCGGAAGUCCUCGAUUCACAGAAAAGAUUCUGCAUCGCUCUUAAGAAAGGUAUAGAUUGGGUGCUUCAGCAUGAUGCCGAAACCUAUAAGGAUGAACUCGCCGACUUAUUCCCAGGGGUGCCGGUCGAUAUCGUCGUGACCGUGACGAAUUCUUUCCGUCAAAACGGCAUGUGGUCAUCCACCUGUAUCCCCAGAAAGGCAUUUGAUCGGUGGCAAAAUGGCCUUGCUGAUGCAUGUCUUAUAAAGAAAGCCUUCCCUUAUGAUGAAAUGGUGGAUGAUGCACCAGCGAAGGCAGCGGAGGCUAAAUAG